AUGCCUGAAAGCCACAGGCCCGCCGAACUCCCCAUGAACAAUCAGGGCGUCGACUUAUUAUCGCCCUUCGACAAUAGUCGACCGGGCUCUCCUGAUCCCAUAAGCCGCUGGCGAGAUCCCCGCCUCAGCUCUACGCAGUCUCUCGUUCCCUCGGAGUUUGAGGCCAAUGCGGGGAGGCAAGGGAAGCGCAGGUUACUCAUGAUAUAUGUCCACGGCUUCUACGGGAAUGAUCACUCCUUCAAGUCAUUUCCGGCACACACCCAUGCCUACCUAAGGGACGCCUUGCACGAGUCGCACGUUGUUCACUCCAAGAUCUAUCCUAGGUAUAAGACCUACCACGCCGUCCAGGUUGGAGCUGAGAGUUUCAGCACUUGGCUGGAGCCUCACGAAGACGAGACGACUGAUGUUGUCCUUGUCGGUCAUUCGAUGGGAGGUAUCUUGGCUGCAGAGACGGUAUUGAUGCCGAACCCGAAUCCUUUUGGCACCCAUCCGUUCAAGCACCGCAUUCUCGGUGUGCUUGCUUUGGAUACUCCCUUUCUGGGCUUGCACCCGGGUAUCAUCCCUACCGGCAUAGCCAGUCUCUUCCGCGGCUCACCAGAGAAUACGAGUCUGAAUGCACCAGAGCCCAGUAGAGGGCAGUCUAGAUCUGCUCCCGAUCUCUCCCAGGAGCUCAGCAACAUCUCCCUGUCCACCACCACCUCAACGUCUCAAUUCACCGAUACCAUAACCGAAACUAACACCCAGCCCACAAGCCGGACCUCCUCCGACUCGAUCCGCCCGUCAACAGAAGCCACCCGAGGUCCCCUACCCCCUUACCCCUCAGAGCCCUCUUUGCCUCAGGAUCCACACUUCAACCCCCCUUGGUUCAACGACACCAUCCGAAGAGACCGAUCCUUCUUCAAAGGCAUCGCCCACUUCACCCGCAAACACCUCUCCGAAGGCGUCUUCAACGCUGCGUGGAAGCACGUCCUUUCCCACAUGGAGUACGGUUCAUGUCUAGCCGACUACCCGGGCCUUCAUGACCGGUAUAACCAACUACGUGCGCUGGAAAACGUCGACGAUAUCAAAGCGCUCACGAGUGACAUUGUGACUCAUGAGCCUAAUUUCAGGCUCCGGCCUGUGAGGGUUAGGUUUACUAACUACUACACCAGCUCUACGGGGAGGAUAAAGCCUGACAAGGUUGAGGGGAAAGAGAAGAAGGUAAAGGAGCCGAGUGUAGAGAAUAAUGAAGCGGCCGAAACAAGGCUAUCCACUCCGCGAAUAUCCGUCGAGGUUCACGAGGAUGAUAAGGUCGCCGAACCUCAAUUACUCCCGCCCAUCCCCAUUCCCGAAGACGAGGACGACGACGCACUUCGAGAGCCCCAAGCCCCGAUGGAACCGGAAAUCGAAGGUCUCCCCGAUAUCCCCCCACCGCCGACACCUCCCCCGCAACCCCCCUCGCCAUCCUCAUUCCCCGACAAAGCAUCCCGCAAACAAGCCGAAAAAGAAGCCAAGGCCCUCCAAAAGGAAUACGAACGCGCCGUCAAAGCCCGCGAAAAAGCUAUCAGGCAGCGCAACAAGCUCAUCGAGAAACACCACCGCCGACAGGCCAAGCUCGCCUCCAAUCAAGCCCGUACAUCCGCAGACGCCGAGGAUGACGAGAACGACGACGGCGCGGGUAGUAAAGACGCGAAGAAGAAGCCCCGCAAAUUCUGCGCCCUGCCGAGGAAACGCAACGGAGAACCCGACGCCGCGUGGGUCAGCGUGUUUAUGGACGGCGUCGAUGAGGUUGAGGCGCACUGCAGUUUGUUUUUGCCGGACGGUCCGCAUUAUGAUCGGCUUGUGGGGGAUGUGGCGCAGAGGGUUGUCGGGUGGGUGCAGGACGAUUUGACGAGAAGGGCUAUCGCGGAUAUGGGGGUUUGCUGA